GUUUUACUAUUUCUUUUACUGAUCCUAAACGCACACAUUUACCAAAAGCUCGCCUUUAAUCCCAUGGAAUAAUUUAGGCCAUGAAUGCACGAGCCCACUAAAUGACCGCUUUAUAAGGAGCAACGUUCACUCACCAACCUCAGACCCGUCCAGUCUGUUUCAGAACAGAACAGACAGAUAAUUAUCUCCUUCUGGCGAUAUAUUUUUUCCUCUCAUUUAUUGAAAAUUUCCAGCAAACCAUGGCAUCCAAGCUGAAAGAACGCAAGAGAACUCCGGUUUCUCACAAAGUGAUUGAGAAACGACGGAGGGAUCGUAUCAACCGGUGUCUGAAUGAGCUGGGCAAAACGGUACCAAUGGCUCUUGCAAAACAGAACUCUGGGAAGCUGGAGAAGGCGGAGAUUCUGGAGAUGACCGUUCAGUAUCUGCGCGCACUCCACGCUGCGGACUUCCCGCGAGGCAGAGAGAAGGGUGAGCUGCUGGCAGAGUUUGCGAAUUAUUUUCACUAUGGCUACCACGAAUGUAUGAAGAACCUGGUGCACUACCUUACCACCGUGGAAAGGAUGGAAACCAAGGACACCAAAUACGCGAGGAUCCUCGCAUUUUUACAGUCCAAAUCCCGGGUCAUCACCGAGCCCGUGUUUGGCUCAAUAGGCGGCUUGCCUGACCCCACAGACUACUUGUGCCAAUUGCACUCCGCUUCGGACUACCAAAGCCAUAGCCCAACCGACUCCGUCUUCCAGCAGAGUCCUCCAACGCACUACUGGCACAGCUCCGCGCGCAGCCCCACCAUCGCUUACCCGCAGGUUCCCCUAUCCGCGCAGACGCAGCAACACGGCAGCUACUUGUCGCCUGUGCAAGGACUAGACCAUCACUACAUUAACUUCAUCGGCCACUCGCAUGCCAACGCGUUCAGUCUGCACACCGCACAACACGCUGCCUUGUAGCCCAAUGUACUAUUUCUCUGUUUUAUUUAUAUAUGUGUAAUAAAUGUUUAAUGUGAAAAGUGUUUGCGCAAUUGAAUACAUUGUUUUUUAAAGGCUGCUUUAAUUU